AGUACCACAUUAGUGAUAUGCGGUACUAAUCAUAUGUGCUUCUUCUCCGGGAUUAACUACAUGUGUUGCCCUAGUAACGAGCCUUCAAUUGACAUUCAACCCACGUGUCCGACUCCAGCACUAACUGUACUGGAUUCCUAUGGGAUACCGCUCAAGUGCAAUCCGCAAACACGGAGUUGCCUGAAGGUACAUUCUCAAUUUCAUAAAAAAUUGUCACUAAUUUGCGAAGAGUUCACGUCUGCUUUUUACUACACCGCAUUCGACAAUGUAGGAACCAAAAGUGACAAACGAGUUUCACAAAAACGAAAUUUCCACACCACCAUCGCUUAUGAGGAGUCGGCACUCGAUUGCCCUCAAAAAUCCAACAGCCUUACCAAAAGCGAUGGUUCGAGAACCCUGUGCAACACGAGCACUGAAUGUCCUGGAAAGGAUGCGUUUUGUUACGGCACAGUUGCGCGGUCCAUAUGUUGUGAGUGGUACAAUAUUCCAGACCACGGCGUUGGUGAGGACCCAUUGGGUACUGUGGAUUCGUCGAUUUUAGUGGAAUGCGUAUCUACUUUAACGCAGCAACCGUCGUCUAUUCGCAUGUCAUCAUCCGCACGCUUCUGCGGCAGAAUGUAUUCAUAA